UGUUGACCACUGUGCCUCCGGGGACCCUGGACUUUGGCUGUUUGCAGACUUUGCCCUGCCCGGGGCUAGCCAGGCUCUGGGUCAGCAUGGCUAGCUGUGUCCAGCUGCUCUGGGGCCUCAUUCUCCCCUUCAUCCUUACCCUUGUCCUGCACCAGGUGGAGCUUUCAGUGUUCCUUCCAGCCUCUGAGGCUAACAGUGUCCUGGUGAGAUGGAGACGUGCUGGUUCUUAUCUCCUGGAGGAAAUCUUCGAGGGCAACUUGGAAAGGGAAUGCUAUGAGGAAAUCUGCAACUAUGAGGAAGCAAGAGAAGUUUUUGAAAAUGACAUCAUGACCGAAGGAUUCUGGAGACAGUACAAGGGUGGUUCUCCGUGUAACUCCCAGCCCUGCCUCAACAAUGGGACGUGCAGGGACCACAUCCGCAACUACAGCUGUGCGUGCCCCCCUGGCUACGAGGGCAGGGACUGUGCAAUGGCUAAAAAUGAAUGUCACCUAGAGAGGACGGACGGGUGCCAGCACUUCUGCCAUCCAGGGCAGUCAUCCUACAUGUGCAGCUGUGCCAGGGGCUACAAGCUGGGCAAGGACCACAAGUCAUGCAGUCCAAGUGACAAAUGUGCCUGUGGAGCCCUGACUUCCAAAGACAUCAGGACACCAGAAAGAGGCAGCCAGUGUCUGCCUAGCUUCCCGUGGCAGGUCAAGUUAACAAACUCUGAAGGAAAGGAAUUCUGUGGUGGUGUUUUAAUACAGGAGGACUUUGUGUUGACAACGGCAAAGUGUUCGUUACUACACAACAAUAUUAGUGUAAAAGCAAAUGCUGGCUGGAAGAUUGAGGUCAGGCGUACUCAUGUGCACAUGCGCUAUGAUGAGGCCUCAGGCGAGAACGACCUCUCCCUGCUGGAGCUGGAGAGGCCCUUGCAGUGUCCCGACUCUGGGCUCCCCGUCUGUGUCCCCGAGAGGGACUUUGCCGAGCGCGUCCUCAUCCCUCAAACACUGGGUCUCCUCAGCGGCUGGACGCUCAAUGGCACAGGCCUGGAUGCCACACCGACUGUGAUUCCAGUCACACACGUGGACAGGGAGGAAUGUGGACAGACCCUGAAUGUGACUGUCACGACCAGAACAAGCUGCGAGAGGGCCGUCAUGGUGACGGGGCCUUGGCUGGAGGGGAGCGUGGUGACCCGAAAACACAAGGGCACCUGGUUCCUCACGGGGAUCCUAGGUUCAACACCACCACCAGGGCAGACGCACGCGCUCCUCACCACAGUCCCAAGAUACUCCAUGUGGUUUAAACAGAUUAUGAAGUAACUGAAAUCCAACAACACAGCUACAAGACGGUCAGGUCCUGCCAGUUACCACUGGAAAACAAUGGCUCUUUGCUUGGAACUCGACAUCUUUCUUCAUUUUUGAGCAUUUCAUACAUACACACAAUGAAACGUGACCACGUACACACAAUGAAACGUGACCACAUACACACAAUGAAACGUGCCCCAUGUCCCUUCUCCUGCUUGCCUCAUAUGCCCCUCAACACAUCCCUCCCAUGUGUCAUUUACUGGUAGCCCGGUAAGUUCCACUAGUGCUACCUCAGGUGCACACACGUACAGGUGAGGUACCGAUGAGGCGUCGGGGAGAACACCUCCCUGCUGGAGCUAGAAAAGCUGGCUCCAGCUACCGACGGUGCGCUGCGCGGCCAUCCACGGGAGCGCCCUCAGAAACGAAUGAUUUCCCCUCCCCCAGCAGCUCCUCAGUAAGGAGUGGGGCACGGAGCGCACCCCAACCCAAGCCAUCCAUGCCAGCAUCUCGUCUGGCCUGACCUCAUGCAGUCCUGACAAGGUUACCACAGCGGCUGUGGGUCCGGAAGUGAAACCAUGCUCUAUGUCCAACAGACAGCACCUCACGCCAUCCCACCCCACUUUUCAGCUCCUGUGUUCUCCCCGCCUCUCCUCCACCAAGUUCCCUGGGCCUGGGCAGCGGAGGGAGUGAGGGCGCAAGGCGGUGGGGAGAGUUAAGAUGCUUCACUUCUGACUGAACAGUCUCUUGUUCUCAGCACCUGAACCAAUGGUGCGUCUUUGCAUUAAUUGUCACCUGAUUUAAAAAGAUGAUUCUCCUGCCAGGUUCAGAUCUAUGGGUAUAAGCACAAGUAUUUAGAAGAUGAUUUUUAGCAUGGCUGUUUAGCAAAGUAACAACAGCAGCUUCUACCCUAGGGCCUAUGACUGGCCCAGUCAUGAGCUUUUGACCAGGAUUGUAGUUCCAAGCACAAAAUCCCUCCUGCGGAACAGGCCUCAGAUUCAACCAGAAAGCAGUUAUCUCCAUAAUAGCUAUGCCAUAAUUGGACCAGGGGACACAUCUGGCCUGGCUUGUCAGCAUUGUGGAUUCAGAGUCCAGUAUUGGACCCCAAUGCCUUUGCCCACCCUUCAGCUGGCACAGUACCUUCUAGCACUAUGAAAGCUAAGUGGCAGGGAGAGUUUCCUUGGUAGUUUUUAUCUAAGGCCUUAAGGGGAAAAAAACAGGGUAUGUUAAAUAAAAUCACUGUCAGUCAUAAACCUGCUGAGUUACUGAGUGGACGCUGAGUGCUGAAGGACUGUGACACAGGUGGUUGUGUCAUACUUGGUCUGACACACAUUGGCACAGACAUCUCUGGGACAGAGGUGUCUCAGCAUUACCAGUGAGACAAAAAGGCAGCUUAAGUCUAAUUGUGCAUGGUUCACUGCUAAGAGAGAGAGACGCAGGUUUAGUGUUGGAAGACAGCAUGGGCCUCCUCGUAAGACUGUGCCUAGACACUUUGGGUGAAGAAAAACCCAUCAGCAGGUUCCAGGGAGUGCUGGAGCCUCUCACCUCAGCCAUGUGGUCAGUGAGGCUGUGUACCCUCAUCUCUGAGGAGCGUGGCUGUGAUAAUGUGACUCUGCCUUUAGGACUUAAGAGGCUAAAAUAGGAAGGUCUCGCAUUUGGAGACAGCCUGGGUUGCAAGAAUAAGAAAUUGUCUCAAAACACAAAUAUAACCCCUAGGCAAGGACUAGGCGUGAGCAUUUGAUGUUGAUGUAAACUAGCCACAAGAACAGAUGGGUCUGUGUGCCCACAAACCAGGACUCCAUACAAAGAUGCUACAAUCUCUUUAACUGCCACGUUCAACUAUUUAUCACUUUUUAAACCAUCAGUGUUUGACUUGGGACGUCACUGUUUAAUAAACUACCUGUAGACGC